AUGCGGAACUUCUCAACUUUCAUUUUCAGCCUUAUCGGUGGAGCUGCAAUAGUAUCAGCUGGGACAUCUGAAGUUACUACGCUCACAAAAAAAACCUUCACGGAAUUUAUCAACGAAAAUGAACUAUUUUUGCUGUAUGUUAACCUUCCUGAUAUAUGUACCUAUAAAUUGCUAAUCUUAAUUGUCUUAAUGUAG